AUGCUAGAACCUCUUGGAGACUCUUACGGUGCUGACUACCUUUCGUCGGGCGAGGGCCUGAAGCAGAUCCUCAACCGCCUGUCGACCUCGGGCUCCCAAAAGGUUUACCAGGCGGCUCGCAUCUACAACUCUGGCAGCAUUCCCGCCGUUGGCAACCUCAGCGAGGGUGGCUCCACGAGCUCGCAUGCUUCGGAUAUCGCUGAUCGUCUCGGCGGAUGUGUCUUUUGA